UACACCCGGGUGGCUGCAGACGCAAGGCCACCACCCCUCGAACGGGCGCACCACACUGGCGGCGUGACGCAGAAUUGGCGGGAGCCGGCCGAGAAAGAGGAAGCCGAAGGCUAUAAAGCCCGGAGAAGACGACCAAGAGUUGCUAGCUGUCAGUCCGAGCUUCCCUCUUCUCCUCAAGCAUCCGGCAAUGGAUUCAUCGACCGGUUCGAGGGGCCCUGCCACCUUCUCCACGCAGGCCAACGCCCUCCUCCGCAAGAACCUCUGCUUCCAGAAGAGGAACCUGAAGACGAACGUGUGCAUCACCCUCUUCCCGAUCCUCCUCUGCGUGCUGCUCGUGGCGCUGCAGGGCGCCAUCGACCGCGAGAUCGACAAGCCCAAGUACCGCUGCGGCUGCGCGUGCGUCGACACGGCCGCCGACGGGAGCUGCAGGAGGACCGAAUGCGGGAUCCAGUACUCCACGCUGGACCAGGUCGCGAGCUGCCCGAUCCCUAACCCGCCACGGUGGCCGGCCGUGGUUCAGGUGCCACGGCCUGAGUCCCGGGCCAUCAGGACCGCCUCCCAGCCGUUCGACGGUUUGCCUGACCCGACAUGCCGCGACAACGGGUCUUGCCCCGCUGCUUUCCUCAUCACCGGGAAAAACCGCUCAUUCGCGGAAAGUCUUUCAGCUGAACUGUUCCCUACUCUGUCCCCGUCUUUGAAUUUCACUGACUAUCUAGAUGUACUCUCCAAGAUUGUUCCCGGCUCCGACACAUGGACAUCGUUUAGACAGCUUUUAGAGCCAACGUUUGUCCCAGGGAAUACCUUAUAUAUUGUCCAACCUCAGUGUCGGUCCAAUUUGUCUCAAACGAUUUCAGUCAAUGCUGGGCCGAUACCCCUUCAACUCAACGUAGACUGCAUUGAAGGUUUGUCAUUAUGGCGUGAAAGCGCGUCAGUUAUCAAUGACGAAUUAUUUAAGGGUUACAGACAGCAAAGAGAAAGUGGAGGAGGAAAGACAAACGAAUUUGCUGCAGGUUAUGACUUCUUGAACACAAAUAAGGACAGUCUUGACCUUAGUAUUUGGUUCAACUCUACCUAUAACAACAACACUGCAUAUUCUAACAUCGCAUUAUUACGAGUUCCACGCUUGGUCAACAUGGUCUCCAAUUCAUAUAUCAAAUUUCUCAGAGGAAGUGGAGUGGCAAUGCUACUCGAAUAUGUUAAAGACAUGCCUAAAGUAGGAACAAAAUUUAAAUUUGACCUGUCAUCUCUUAUUGGUGCACUAUUCUUCACAUGGAUCAUUGAACUACUCUUUCCAGUUGUACUAACAUACCUCGUGUAUGAGAAGCAACAGAAGCUGAAAAUUAUGAUGAAGAUGCAUGGUUUGAAGGACGGUCCUUAUUGGAUGAUAACCUAUGCUUACUUCCUUGCUCUAUCAGUUGUCUAUAUGAUACUAUUUGUCAUUUUUGGAUCCUUGAUAGGUCUGCGUUUCUUUACGAACAAUGACUACAGCAUUCAGUUUGCUUUCUACUUCAUCUACAUAAAUCUGCAGAUUGCACUUGCAUUUUUUGCAGCGUCUUUCUUUUCUUCGGUCAAAAUAGCCACAGUGGUUGGUUACAUUUAUGUGUUCGGUUCUGGUUUACUAGGGGAAUUUCUUCUGCGUUUUUUUGUUGAGGAUAAUGGUUUCCCAAAGGGUUGGAUAGUAGUCAUGGAGCUCAUCCCUGGAUUUUCACUCUUCCGAGGGUUAUAUGAGCUUGGUCAAUAUUCAUUCUCUGGAAAUGCAAUGGGAACCAAUGGUAUGAAGUGGUCUAAUUUGAGUGACCCGGUCAAUGGUAUGCGUACUGUGUUGAUUAUCAUGGUUGUUGAAUGGGCAAUACUUCUCCCACUGGCAUUUUAUCUGGAUCAAGUCUCAUUAUCGGGUGGUGGAUACCGAAAAAGGUUCUUAUUGUUCCUAAAAUGCUUCAAAAAGCGAGCUGUAUCAUUCCGGAGGCAUAGCUUUGGGCGAAUAGGAUCUAAAGUAGUAGUUGAGAUGGAGAACCCCGACUCUACUCAAGAAAGAGAGGUAGUUGAGCAACUUUUGCUGGAACCCAAUGCAAACCAUGCUAUUAUAUGUGAUAACCUAAAAAAGGUUUACCAUGGAAAGGAUGGAAACCCUGACAAGCUUGCAGUUCGUGGGUUGUCUCUUGCCCUCCCAAAAGGCCAAUGUUUUGGAAUGCUUGGCCCAAAUGGGGCUGGGAAAACAUCCUUCAUCAGUAUGAUGAUUGGGCUCAUUCCACCUACAUCCGGCACUGCUUAUGUCCAUGGAAUGGAUAUACGGACUGAUAUGAAUGACAUCUACGCAAAUAUGGGUGUCUGCCCACAACACGACUUACUUUGGGAAACAUUGACGGGGAGAGAGCAUCUCUUGUUUUAUGGGAGACUAAAGAAUCUUAAAGGAGCUGAAUUACUGAAGGCAACUGAUGACUCUCUGAAGAGUGUUAACCUAUUCCAUGGUGGUGUCGGCGAUAAGCAAGUGGGGAAGUACAGUGGGGGCAUGAAACGGAGGCUUAGUGUUGCAAUCUCUUUAAUUGGGGACCCCAAAGUUGUUUUCAUGGACGAGCCAAGCACUGGACUAGAUCCAGCAUCAAGAAAUAACCUAUGGAGCGUUGUGAAGGAGGCAAAGAAAAACCGUGCCAUUAUUCUUACAACACAUUCCAUGGAAGAGGCAGAGGUACUGUGUGAUAGACUCGGUAUUUUUGUUGAUGGUGGUUUCCAAUGCAUUGCGAAUCCAAAAGAGCUUAAAGCUAGAUAUGGGGGCACCUACGUAUUUACAAUGACAACAGCUUCAGAGCAUGAACAGGAGGUUGAACAUCUUGUUCACCGCUUGUCACCAAGUGCAAACAGGAUAUAUCACAUAUCUGGAACACAGAAAUUUGAGCUGCCGAAGCAAGAGGUGAAGAUAGCAGACGUUUUCCAUGAAGUUGAGAGCGCAAAAUGCCGUUUCAGCAUACACGCUUGGGGCCUUGCUGACACCACCUUGGAGGAUGUCUUCAUCAAGGUUGCCAAGGGAGCAGAGGCAUUCAGUGUGAUCGCGUAAAUAUCAUUUGCAUUUCAUAGAUGAUUCUUCUUCUCCUUGCUGUGGAAUUAAUGUAUAGUGUAUAAUGCUUGUUUGACUUUGCAGUAUUUUUUUGCUUAGUAUGACGCAUCAGCUGUAAAUUUAGUAUUGUAAAGUUACUUAUCUCAGAUUGACUUGUGAAUUGAGCAAAUGCAGAUGUACCUUAUUCACUUGUCAUAUACUCAUUCAGGAAAGAAAUCCAACUUUUUAUUACUAA